AUGCAAAGCUGGGAGCUGGUCCUCCAAAGUCACGCUAACCGGAAAGCUGAGCAAGGAGGACUCUUGGGCUCUCUGGAGCGGUUGCAGCUAGACUACGUGGACAUUAUGCUGAUCACUCGGGAUCCCGAGCGCAUUUGCACCGUUGAGGAGAUUGUGCGUGCCUGCACCUUCAUCGUGCAACAGGGAUGGGCUUUCUACUGGGGCACCUCCAAUUGGCCCCCCAACGACAUCAUGGAAGCCCACACCGUAGCACGUCUCUUCCACCUCAUCCCACCUUCUAUGGAAUGUAUGGAGUUUAAUCUAUUUCAACGCGAUUUUCAUGAGUAUGGGCUGCCAGAACUCUGUGCUAAGCUAGGUAAGUGCACUCAACUUUAA